AUGACAUCAGCAUAUCUAACAAAGAUUAUUAUUAGUAGAGUAAUGGGGCAAACACUAUCAGAGCCUGUAACGGAUAAGCAAUCAUCUACAUGUCAAGAUACACAUUACCUGGUGGGCUCGUCAUGCAUGCAAGGAUGGAGGGUCUCUAUGGAUGAUUCCCACACUCAGAUAUUGUCGUUGCCCGAUGAUCCGGGAACAGCUUUCUUUGCUGUUUAUGACGGCCAUGGAGGUGCAAACAUAGCUGAGUAUGCCGGCAAACAUCUACACAAGUUUAUAACAGCGAGACCGGAAUACCAUUUGGGGAAUAUUGAAGAAGCACUCAAACAGGGUUUCCUCGAUCUAGACCAAGCUAUGUUGGAAGAGAACUGUAUGAAAGAGAAGGUGGCUGGUAGCACCGCUGUAGUGGUUUUAAUAAAAGAUAACACUUUAUAUUGUGCUAAUGUUGGAGAUUCAAGGGCCAUAGCUAGUGUUAGCGGGGCUGUGGAAGUACUAUCCUAUGAUCACAAGCCGAAUAAUAAGGAAGAACUGGAACGCAUUCAAGCCGGCGGUGGUUGGGUGCAACUUAAUAGGGUCAAUGGAAAUCUGGCUUUAUCUAGGGCAUUGGGAGAUUACAUAUUCAAGAGGAAUUACAGACUAUCACCUAGAGAUCAAAUAGUAACUGCGUACCCGGAUGUUCAAGUUCGACAAUUGACUGAUGAUUGGGAAUUCAUAGUGAUUGCAUGCGAUGGUAUUUGGGAGGUUCUAUCAAAUGAGGAAGUGUUAUCAUUCUGUCGUGUUCGACUCUUAUCCGGCUGGGAGCCGAGUACAGUCUGUGAAGCCCUAAUGCAGUUGUGUCUCGCACCAAACUGUGCUACCGGAGGCCUGGGCUGUGAUAACAUGACCGUUGUUAUUGUCUGUCUGUCACCGUUUCCUAAAGUUGAUGGAGUGAAACCAAUUCCUGAGGAUCAGCUUCUCGAUAACAAGUUUUUAACUAAAAUGGAGGAUUUGUUGUAUGCUGACAACGAAGAGGAAGAUUUGAAGUAA